AUGCCUCGUUUUAAUUUUUCCUCCUAUUACACGAAGGACAGUCUCACGUGUCUAAGUUCGACCCAUGGUCUCAAUCCACAAGAGGAAUGGGAACAAUCACAAAAACACAAUGAAUCUGGAGGAAUGACCGAUUGUUUCGUUCCGCCUAAUGUCACAAAUAGCGAGUUGGAGCGCUCACUUGCAGCCGAACUUGAGGAAUUGUCCGAGAGCAUAGAGCCACAGUCAUACACUCAGAAAGGCACCAAGUCAAAGAGGUACGCUGAGGUGCCAAUGUUGGCGAGUAAAGGGCAGCCGGUGAUGACCUGUAACCGGACCGGAUGUGUUGCCAUGUCGGGGAAUGAGAAGUGUCGGUGUAUCACAACCGAUUCUGGAAUAUCGGACAACUUUCGAAGUGUAAUCUUCGAUGAAUCGAUUUGUUCGAAUGACUGUCAGAACGUCCCCAGGACAUCCACGCCAAUUAAAGGCGCAUACCAAGUUGAGAAUGCUAUGACCACCAGACAGAUUUCGAGAGUUACACCGGAAGUGCAGAAGACAGGUACACCGAAAUUUCGAAAAGGGCUUAUCAUGGUCCUUGAUGAUCUUAACACUCUCUCUCCUGUCAACCAUGAAGCAGACCUGGAUCACAUGCUUAGACUGAUUAAUAGAGACGAAAGACACAUGUCUCCUUGCCUGUCAAAUGCACUAUGUCGUCUACAGAGUCUGCCAGUCGAUCAGCUCACCCAUUUCUCAAACAUCGGCGAGUAUAUGAAGUUCCUCCAAGAAAACCAGCAGAUAUGCGAUGUAGAAAUUCACGUUGAAACGUCCAAGUUCAUGGCCCAUCGUGUAGCACUGGCCUGCUUCAGUGAAUACUUCUCGCAUGUUUUCUUCAAAGGAGCAGAAAAACAGAAGGUACCAGUAGUAAUUCGGCUUCGCGGAGUGACGUCAAGGUCAUUCUCUGUCUUCCUUGAUUGGAUUUACACAGGGAAUUUAAAGAUCACUCCAUUGCUAGUAGCUGAUCUUCUUGUGAUUGCACAACACCUCAACGUACCAUUACUUGAAGACAAAUGUGCUGAGUUUAUGAUGAGUAUGCCAUUAGAGAAAUCUCUUUCAGUCCUGCAGAGUGGUCGAGUGGUCACGUGCAGUGACCUGUAUGACGUAUGUGUUUCUCACGUGAGUACACAGUUCCCUGAUGUUUUGGAUCACACAUCCUUUUUUCUUCUCGAUGUAAAUACCUUGUGUAUGAUCCUAUCACGUGAUGACCUUAAUAUCACCUCCGAGAUAGAGGUGUUUCAAGUGGCCUUGAAAUGGAUAGCACAUGACAUGAACGAUCGACACCGACACCUGUCCAAGGUCAUGUCGUGUGUGCGAUUCCCAUACAUGACUCAUGAGGAACUCUUCCGGUGUUUCGAGGUCACAGAUCUUCUCAGGGAAUGCCAAGAAACAAGGAACGCCAUUCUACACGCAAAUUGGUUAGUGUCUGCUAGUGAAUUACACCGGGACGACCCCCUAAACAUCCCCAUGGUCCACCCAAGGACAGCACUGUCCGACCCUCAGAACCUGAGGACAAAGAAAGCCAGCAGUGUCUACUUGAGUUCUCAUUCCAUGAGAAAUGUGAAGCUGGAGGUGGAGCACACACCAAAAUUAGGCGUUACUACGGAUGCCUCUUACGUGUCUAAGACAGGAGACAUUAUUGCUGUGGGAGCGUUCCAGAAGUUCACUAAGGCCAAAGAUAAUCGAACAGUGAAGACCGUAGAGAGAUUCAACUCGGUGAAGAACCAGUGGUCACACUAUACCAACCUACCACAGUCUCGUUUCCAUCAUGGAACGGCCAUCAUCAACAAGAAGAUGUACCUAGUCGGGGGUUCGGACCCAUCCAAGUCCAAAAAGAUAUCCAUACCUUCCAGCGAUGCGUUUGUUUAUGACCUGGAGACGGAUGAGUGGAAACAGAUAGCGUCCAUGGCAACACCAAGGAUGCAUCACGUGGUCUGUUCUCUUUAUGGAAUGCUAUACGCAAUAGGUGGACAAGAUGGAAAUUCACGGGUCCUUAACUCCGUGGAAUGUUACAACCCUAAGACGGACCGCUGGAUCUUUGUGAAGCCUAUGACAGUCGCCAGAUUAGGGAUGGGAGGUGCAGUCAAGGACGGAACUCUCUACGUUGUUGGUGGUUACGGUGAAUCCGUCGAUAGCAAAUCUGGACUCCCAGUCUUAGGUAGUGUCGAAGUCUACGACCCUCGGGAAAAUGUGUGGACUUCAAAGAAGGACCUGCGUAUGCCACGUUGCCAUGGUAACCUUGUAUCGGUGAAUGGACAGUUGUUUCUGUGCGGAGGUGCAAUCAGAUCAUUUACUACUAACGACUCCGUGCUGACCAGUGUAGCUGCCAUUGACGUUUACAACAAGAGAAGUGACGUUUGGGAACACAAAACGGACAUGGUGCUGGCACGACACUUCACCGGAAGUGCCGUCAUUGGUGGGAAGAUCUACAUAAUAGGAGGUGUGUCUACAGUGGCUGGGAGGAUCCUAAGAUCUAUAGAGUGUUACGACGCCAUCAAUGACGUAUGGAUCAAUGGCGUUCAGGAACUCCCGUAUCCAGCGAGAUGGCUGUCGUGUGUUGCGUUGCCGGGGAAAAUAUAA